UCCUUUUAUCCUUAAAAUAAAAAAAAAAAUAAAAAUGAAAAGGUACUGGUUUGGCACAGGCCGCAGCGGGAAUCGAACCUGGAGUUCGCUGCAGAAUUGGGAGGUGCCCUUUAGAGAGUUGGGCGUGACGUCAUCCCUUCUGGAGCUAGGCCCCGCUCCUUCACCUGUUCCCGCCUCUGCGCCUCAAACUACACUUCCCAGAGGUCAUAGCGGCCAGGACCCAUUCUCAUUGGCUGUACAAUCGGCCCCGCCCCGGGCCCCGCCCCGUCCCUGUCCUCUCCCUACUGCCGGCUUCCGGAGUCCGGGCAGACGCGGUGGCUCCCGCACGUGGUCCUCGCUGCCGUCCGCCGCCGUCUGCGCGCCGCCGUACCGGGACCCCGCUCCCCGCCGGCAUGAACCGCUACCUGCUGCCGGUGUCCGUGCUGGGCACCGCGGUGGGCGGCGCCGUGCUGCUGAAGGACUAUGUCACGGGCGGCACUUGUCCCAGCAAGGCCACCAUCCCCGGGAAGACGGUCAUCGUGACGGGCGCCAACACCGGCAUCGGGAAGCAGACCGCGCUGGAACUGGCCAGACGAGGAGGCCGCGUCAUCCUAGCCUGCCGAGACAUGGAGAAGUGCGAGGCGGCCGCCAAGGACAUCCGCGGGGAGACCCUCAACCCCCACGUCUGCGCGCGGCACCUGGACCUGGCUUCCCUCAGGUCCGUGCGCGAGUUCGCGGCGAGGAUCCUCGAAGAGGAGGAGCGCGUGGACAUUCUCAUCAACAACGCGGCCGUGAUGCGCUGCCCGCACUGGGUCACCGAGGACGGCUUCGAGAUGCAGCUGGGCGUCAACCACCUGGGUCAUUUUCUUCUGACAAACCUGCUGCUGGACAAGCUGAAAGCCUCAGCCCCAUCGCGGGUCAUCAACCUCUCCUCCCUGGCCCACGUGGCUGGGCACAUAGACUUCGAUGACUUGAACUGGCAGAAGAGGAAGUACAACACCAAGGCUGCCUACUGUCAGAGCAAGCUGGCUGUCGUGCUCUUCACCAAGGAGCUGAGCCGGCGGCUGCAAGGCACGGGUGUGACCGCCAACGCUCUGCACCCUGGCGUGGCCAGCACGGAGUUGGGCAGACACACUGGCAUGCACAGCUCCACCUUCUCCAGCUUCACGCUUGGGCCCGUCUUCUGGCUGCUGGUCAAGAGCCCCCAGCUGGCGGCCCAGCCCAGCACCUACCUGGCCGUGGCGGAGGAGCUGGAGGGUGUUUCUGGAAAGUACUUUGAUGGACUCAAAGAGACGGCUCCAGCCCCGGAGGCAGAAGAUGAGGAGGUAGCCCAGAGGCUUUGGGCUGAAAGUGCCCGCCUUGUGGGCUUGGACGUGUCCCUCAAGCCCCCCGCGAGGGGACAGUCCAGCUCCAGAUAACCUCAGGAGCAGGUUUGAAAGCCACCUCAUUCUCCAGGAUAGAGCUGCAAGAUCAAGGAUGCUGACAGCCGGCCUCUGUCACCCACUGGGGGACGGGAUGAACACCGUGACCCUCACCGUCCUCCAGGGGCAGUGUGGGCGCCAUGUGAAUUUAAAGACCAAGGGAUGGAGGCUGCUAUGCCAUCUUCAUCCCCUAGGGGCAGUGUUGGCUCCAAGACCGAGGCACUGGGUGCCACGCCCUCGCCAUCCUCGCGGCGCAGGUGAACGCCAAGGGUGCCGGCUGCUGUGCCCGCACUGUCCGCUAGGGGCAGUGUUGGCCCCAUCUGGCAGCUGUGCACAGCGGACUGAGCCACAGGCGGGCACCUGCCUCGAGGGACGCCCGUGUCCCUGAGCCUGGGUCUCGGCCACUGUCAUGUGCGCUGUAGCCACCGCUGCUUGGGACGGUCUGGUGGGUGAGCUCUGCCUGGCUCGGCGGCCUUCAGGUGACAGUUUACUGAGGGCCUCUGUGCAAGCCAGUCCCUGGUGCCAGGCCCCACCCAGAGAGGCCAGCGCAGACCCCGGCCUGGUCAUGGCGUGGCUGAGCACGCGUGGACCGGGAUCGCCUGGGCUGACACCUCCCCUCGGGCUCUCAGAUGUGCUCUGUGAUAAUAAAAUCCCCCAAACCUA